CUUUGUUACACACGUUUUCGUUUAAUUCUAAAACAAUCAGACAUGAAUUGUUUCUAAAUGCGUCUGUGUGUUGUCUUUAGUUUGUCCCGAUUACUUCAGAUAAAGAUAAACAGAUCGACCUAUACUUACGAUAACAGCGACAGGCUAGAUCUGGUAACUCUGGUCACGUGUGCCCAAAGAUUCAUUACUAUUAGGAUUAUCCGACUGAGAACACAAGCUUUACAAUGAGCCGAUAUGCAGCGAGGAAGCGUUUCAAUAACAGCGGGCACGGGAGGCACACUUCAGGUCAGACAGACCUGUAUGACGUAUCAGUAUGGGUGACGACACAGUCACGUGGUGCAUACCGCGAUGAGGUAUUACGGCAACCAAAGAAGAAGAGCAGAUCCAAGGAGGUCGGCUUGUUAUUUGGCGGCUCACUCAUAAUGCAGACUGUCAUCGGUCCCGGAAUCUUCACCUCGCCAAAGGGAGUGACCGAGGCCGCGGGGUCAGUCGGACUUAACUUGGUGAUCUGGGCAAUAUGUGGUAUAUUCACCACUAUGGCGGCCCUCUGCUUUGCCGAGAUGCAGAUCUUUGUGAAGCGGGACGGGUGCGAGUACGGGUAUAUUCACAAAGCGUUUGGUCCGCUGCCGUCUUUUGUCUAUACCUGGAUGAGGAUCGCGGUGGCGGAGCCUAUCACUACCGCUGUGUUCGCUCUAGCAUUCGCACACUAUAUAGCAGACGCCAUUAUCGACAAUUGUGGGCCGCCAAAGUUACUGGAACAAAUGCUGACGGUUUCCAUUAUAUUGAGUUUGGCUAUUCUAAACACGUAUAGCCUCCGCCUGGCUAGGCAGAUCCAAUCACUGGCUAACCUCGGCAAAAUUGUUACCAUCGGCAUAAUCAUCGUCACAGGCGCAUACAGACUGGGAGCAGGAGAAACAGGUGGCUUGAAGGAAGGAUUCGACAACACGGAAACCAAUCAUAGCAAGAUCAUCAUUGGGAUCUACAACUGUCUUUGGGCAUACGGUGGCUGGGCCUAUGUUCCCAACGUCACGGCUGCUGUCAGAAAGCCCCCGAAAAACCUGCCACGACUGGUGAAAAUCAUCAUCCCUUCCGUCAUGGUCAUCUACCUGCUUACUGUGACGUCAUACUUCACUGUACUUACAGAGGAGGAGAUGGUUGGAGCUCAUUCCUUUGGUGUGUUAUGGGGGAGAAAAGCACUUGGAAAAGCAGCUUUCAUCAUUCCUAUAGGUGUCGCUAUGGUGGCGUUAGGAAACGCCAAUAACACUUUUCUUUCUUCUGGCAGACUAUCCCAGUUCUCCGUUCAUGAUGGCUACAUACCGGAUGUCUUGUCGUUCGUUCAUGUAAAAACCAAAGCACCACUUCCGGCAAUCAUAUUGCGCGCGGUGAGUGGUGUAGUGAUUGCCCUGGCGGUGGACGUGUCACAGAUGGUGCGUUUCUGGGUGUUUACCGUGUGGUUAUUCCAUGGACUUGCGGUUGGUGGACUGCUUAUCAUGAGGAUCCGAAAACCACACCUAGACAGACCAUAUAAAGUUAACAUAAUCAUUCCGUUCCUGGUGACCUUAGGCUCGGUCUAUUUAAUCUUGGCGCCCUUCAUUGCGAACGAGCCCCGACCCGAGUUCAUCUUUUCCCUGUGUCUGGCCGCCCUCUCGAUGCUGUGCUACUUCCCAUUCGUACGCUGGAACUGCAGCGAACAUAUGAGUGGUGGCAAAUUCACAGACAAACUUACAGUUUUUCUUCAGCUGUUUUUGAACGUUUCACCAUUUAUCAAGCGGUACAAGCGGAGGUUACGUACUAAACGCCGCCACGGACCUGCUACAGUGAGCCCUGUUGUCCCGGAUAAGCCGGUUGUGCAAGAACCUAGUUCUCCAUCCUCGGACAUGCCUUUCUCUGACACCAUGUCCAUUUUUACUAUUGACACUAUAGAUGAUCUCGACGAUACAAUGACUGUUGAUGACCGGGAGUCGGUUGUUUCAUUCAAUACUAACUAUUCUUACCGAACAAACCUGUCGUUCCGGACGCGAUCUUCAAGUUCCAGUUCUCGACCACCACCGUAUGAAGAGGCCAUUGAAAUAACAAAACUCUGACACAAGCUUAAAUUUUGACCCAAAAAGGGAAAUUUAACCCCAAGCUUGACCCUUCUACUGUUUUUGACCUGGUGUAAUACUCAAACAAAUCCCAGUAGUGCUCAAGAAGAACAAAACAAUUUCGAUCCAUAGAUCCUAGCUCGUCGAGGGAUUCACCCGUGGCGUCCUAGAAACCAUGCAUGCAUGGUUUCACAUGUAUCACAACAGAAUCCGGCAUCACAAGGGCAGAGAAGACUCGUCAAAACAGUUUAUCUGGUGUUGAAAUGUACUACAAGUCUAAUACAACCAUACAAGAGCAACGUUUGGUCCUGGAAAUGACAGAACGUUUGUCUUUGAAAGACAUUUGUGCAGUUUACCAAACGGUUACUCGUGUACUUGGUGCAAAAGCUUCAGUUAUAGUGCUAAAUAAUAACACAUGAAACGUGAUAAAUGUUUGCAUAAUUUAUAUUUUGUGACUUAACUUAAUAUUAUUUAAUAUUUAUAAUCGUGAUAUCAUAGCGGUCUGAUUAAAAUCAUAGUUAUGCAAUAGCUAGUAUAAGUACGCUUUAAAACAAGUAAAAACAAAAACAAAAACAAUACGAACUUACAUCUAUCAAUAUGUAAGGCCUGUUUCGAUUGGAUGGAGAGGAAAUCCCCUGUCCUUCUAGUGUAUUAAUUGGUUUUUGAACCAAUUGACCAAGUAAUAGGACCACGUUGAAACAUCCUUAAUGCAUUUAUUGUCGAGAUGUUAUUUCGUUCUUAAAAACUAGGUAUAGAGCAAGAAUUGGCCUGCCUGAGUAUAGUAAGAUUCAACAAGCCCCUAAAAUGAUAUCGUCACCCUAAAUGUCAACCCCCUGGUAAGUCAUAUUCAAAGAACCUAAUUAAAAAUCGGAAUAUAUUUGUGUAAUUUUGAUAUGUUGAACAUGUAUAUAUGCUAAUUAAAUGGCCAAUUUAAUGUAGUCAAUACUUAAGCAUCAAGUUUGAUGUAUUAAAAAAAAUAGCUCAUCGGUCUUAUAAUAUGUCAAUCUCUCUUGCGGCUGUACUGAGUCCUAAGAAAUGAUAAACUGUUUAAAGUUCAUUUAUAUACCAAGGUCAUGCGGAGCUUACUAAAAGGCAUACCGGCCUCAGAAUAGGAUGUUUGUUGAUAUUGGAAUGUAUAAAGCGCAUAGUAGAACGUCUGAGCAACAACGUUUUUUUGAUAUAACCAUAAAAAUUACAUAAACAUUAUAUAAAUUGUCCUUUUUUAACAUUUGAUGCAGU